GCUCGUGCUAAAGAAGGAUUUCAUCACCGGACGGCGCUUCACUGGGCAGCCAGGCACGGCCGUGAGGACGCCGUGGACAUGAUGCUUCACUCUGGAGCCGAUGUCAACGUCAGAUCACAUGGUUACACAGCUCUUCACCUGGCCUCCAUUCACGGACACCAGGACAUCGUUCAGACCCUGAUCAACACUGAGAAUGCUAAAACCAACAUCAGAGAUUACCACGGGAAGACGGCCGUCCAGUACUGGAGCGGCAGCGCCGACAUCUUCGAGAAACCCGAGUCUCAGUCAGGCGGGAGGUGUGUUCGCCGUCAGCGGACGCAGCGUUACGCUCUGCCAUCCUUCCUGCUGUCUCGCUCUCGCAGUCAGGGACAGCUCAACCUGGAGUUCAGGACGCCGCCUCAGUCCUCCUCCCACGACGCCUUGGACCUCCAUGUUUAAAGUUGAUCGCCCUGCCUGAAACCCGGUGACCCGCUCUGUCCCCGUUUGGUCCACGCAGGGUUUCUGGGCUUGGAGCCACAGAUGGUAAAGAUGGCCGCAGGAGGUGGAUGUGAGCUAGAGCAGACUCAGACCUGAACACAAGGCGGGCCUCAUUUUAAAGCCAAGGUUCAUCAAGCAGAGGUGUCAAACAUAAGGCCCGCGGGCCAGAAUCGGCCUUGCAAAGAUCCAAGGACGACAUGAACGUUUGCUGAUGAAGACCUGCCUCACGUGAUGAAGAGCAGAUAAAGAAUUACAUUUCUUUCACUCUCGACUG